UGGCCGGGCCGCGAGCGCGCGUGGCUUCCUGUCGCUGUCCAGUUACUCCUUGUCUAUGGCAUGGAUUCCCCAAGAUUUCCCAAGGAAACUGUCCUCAUUACUGGAGGAAGUGGCUACUUUGGUUUCCGCCUCGGCUGUGCGCUGCACCAAAAGGGAGUCCGUGUGAUUCUGUUUGACAUCUGCAACCCUGCGCAAGCCAUUCCGGAAGGGAUCAAGUUCGUCCAGGGAGACAUCCGGCGCUUCUGCGAGGUGGAGGCCGCCUUCCAGGAUGCCGAGGUGGCCUGCGUGUUCCAUGUGGCCUCCUAUGGGAUGUCCGGGCGGGAGCAGCUCAAGCCAAAGCUCAUCAAGGAGGUAAACGUGGACGGCACAGACAAUAUCAUCCAGGCCUGCCAGCAGAGAGGGGUGCCCAGGCUCGUGUACACCAGCACCUUCAACGUCAUCUUCGGAGGCCAGGUCAUCAAGAACGGGGAUGAGUCUCUGCCUUACCUGCCUCUGCACCUGUACCCAGACCACUACUCUCGGACCAAGACGAUGGCUGAGAAGAACGUGCUGGAGGCCAAUGGCUCAGCCCUGGAACAAGGCAAGGGCAUCUUAAGAACUUGUGCCCUGAGGCCAGCCGGCAUCUACGGGCCGGGGGAACAAAGGCACUUUCCCCGGAUAGUGAGCUACCUGGAGAAGGGCCUGUUCAAGUUCGUGUUUGGUGACCCUGAGAGCCUGGUUGAGUUCAUCCACGUGGACAACUUGGUACACGCUCACAUUCUGGCCGCCGCGGCUCUGAAAGCUGACAAAGGCUAUGUGGCCUCUGGGCAGCCCUACUUCGUCUCCGAUGGCAAGCCGGUGAACAACUUUGAGUUCUUCCGGCCCCUGGUUGAGGGCCUGGGCUACACGUUCCCAUCCAUCCGCCUCCCGCUGGCCCUCAUCUUUUACUUCGCUAUCCUGACAGAGUUAACCCACUUCAUUCUGGGCAGACUGUACAACUUCCAGCCCUUCCUCACUCGCACUGAGGUUUAUAAAACAGGUGUCACGCACUACUUCAGCUUAGAAAAAGCCAAGAGAGAGCUAGGCUAUGAGGCUCAGCCAUAUGAUCUGCAGGAAAUGGUAGAAUGGUUCAGAGCCCACGGCCACGGCAAGAACUCUGAGCAUGAAGGCCUGCGGUACCUUCUUUGGGAUGGGCUGCUGGUCCUCCUCUUGGUCAUGUCGCUUCUCACCUGGCUGUCUUCUGCGGGUCUGUCAGUGUGAAGGCCAACUUAGGAACAGAAAUGGAUCACACUCACUCCAGUUUAACAGCCCUAAGUAACCACUUAAGAAUAGAUUCUUCUGAGGGCAUAACAAAGCUCAUGGGAGCUUGUUGAAUAAUAGGGGAAAGACAGAGCAUUAGAAAGGGUUGCUUUGAUUAAAGGACAGCAGUAUGAAAUACGCGUGGAACGAUAAACCUCCUUGAACAAUUGAAUGGCAGAGCUAAGCACCGGUGGCUCACACCUCUAAUCCACCUACUCAGGAGGCUGAGAUCUGAGGAUCUGUACAAUUUGAAGCCUGCCUGGGCAGAUAAUUCUCAAGACUCUUAUGUCAAAGUAGUCAGCAAAAAGCUGGAAGUAGAAGCAUAGCUCAAGUGGUAGAGGGCAAAAGUGUGAGGCCCUGAGUUCAUGCCCCAAAACUGGUGCUCACAUGCGUGUACGUGCACACAUGCGCACACACACACACACGACAGGAAUAAUAUACAUGCUAUUUAGAGAUGGUUCCUAGUGGGAGAAUAAAGUGGGUGAGGUGCUUUAUAUACAUACCUUAAAACAGCAAUGAAACCUGCUGAAAUGGUUUAAAGAAGGAGGGCAGAUUAGUAAGAAUAAAAAAUGUCACUCGCAGGGAAAUGAAUGGAAUUAGAACCAAUUGUGUUAAGUGAGGUAAGCCAAGAUCAGAGACAAACGGCCCAUAUUCUCCCUGAUAUACGACAGUCAGAUCCAAAACACGCUGAGAUAUCACAAGUUACAGAGGAUUCUAGAAGCUUACAUACAGUGAGACCAGAAGAGGAUAGUCUUAGGAGAGAAUCACAAAGGUGCGAUACCCAGGCGCCCUUCAUAUGUGUAGAAAAUAAUACACAUACCGAAACAAAUUCCAAGAUAUGGACACAAAGGACUUUUAGUUUUUUUUUUCCUGAUGAUUCUGUAUUCUUUACCUUCUAUACAGUGUAUACACGUGCAUAUCUGUGGGAGGGUAGGGAGAGGACAACGAAUCUGAGGGAAAAGGGGUGCAAAGUUCCGCAGUGGGGUACGCUGGACACGGGCGGAAGCUAUGCCACUCACGGGUGGAGAUGGGAGGGGGAGCAGGAGAGAAUGAGGCGCAGGUGACACCCUGCGAAAGACAUGCACUUGUUACCUGACGUGCAAAUGGAAGCCUGCUGUGUGUCACCUUUAAAACAACAAUGAAGCAGAUUGGGAAGAGGAAAUAAAGAUGGCAGAUGAGGGAGAGGGAUGGGGAUGCGUUUGACUGAUGCGUGUCUGGAAACAGGUUGCA